AUGAUCAUGCAGUUUACUUUUUGCUAUGUAGAUUAGCUCAAAAGUAAAAUAUGAAUUAAGGACAGGGAUAUAAACUGUACACAUGUACGACUUCGGAAGCGGAAUUUAGAGAAACCGCACUUGAAUGAACACUGUUAUAUUUGGAAUAGUGCAUAUAAUAUAUGAAGGAAUAAAUCUUAUAAAGGAAGUUUAAAAUAUUAAGACUUUAAAGCCAUAAUAUCAUAGCCGAUUUAUUUAAAAUUUUACUGAAUACGGAUAUUGAUAGAUAGUUUUAGCGAACAGAUCCUGCAAAAUUACCUUAAUUUGGUCAUCGGUAAAUCGCAAUUGAGAAUUGAAAGUUAUAGUUUCAAUAGGAGAGGUGAAGGAAAACAAUGAAGAGGUUUACAAUCAAGUAGAAACAGUUGACUUUUCUAUAGAUGAUAAAUGAAACAUUAACGAUAACCACCCGAGUAAUGUGAUCUGUGAAAUGUGAAGUGAAUUUGACAAAUAUCUUGUUUCUAGUUUUGACACCUAGAUAAAUAAUCUUCAAAUGAUCACGGUGUUAAAUUAAACAGAUGCUCAUUGACUUAAAAUCUUAAGAAAAUAAUAUAAACAGUGAUCUUUUCGACCGUUUGACACGAUAUUUAGUAUACAAAAACCUCAAAACUGGGAGCGAAGAAUGUGUUAAUGACAGUCUUUGACAUACAAAAGUCAAAUGAACCAUUCGCAGGUUUUUUUCUCCUCGGCUUCGGUUACAUUUUAGGGACUUUAAGAAGAUAGCAUCUUUUUGACAAAUGAUGGCAUCUCAGGAAUAAUAUAGCACAUAUUUAACUCUAUUGUAGAUACGAUAAACGUAUUAGAUGGUUGUUUUCUGAUAAAUAGUGAUACUUUUUUCCUCCAAAAAGGGCGCAUCUUAAACAGAUUCUCAUAUAAUGACGACUGGACUAGAAAAACACUGAAGCACCGUCACAGAAAUCAAACAAUAAGAGGUUGACCACGAGCCACACAGAAAAAGUUCUUAAAAUGUUAUGUUUUAUAUAAGUUGUAUUGAUUUGUGUGGGCAGAUGUUAAUGACAAAUUGAGGUUAAAUAUUUUUAAAAAAUGUCGGAUUCUGAAAUAGAGAGAAAGAUGGCCACAGAUUCUGAAAAUGAGCAGUUAGAAGUAGACUCUCAUAAGGAAACGAAACAAAAAAGGACGCCAGAAAGAACAACGCCGAAUCUAGUUAAAGACGACGCCAAUGACGUCGACGUCACAAGUACCUUUACUAGUACAAAAGAACGGAAUGGAAUUGUGCCAAUGCACCAUAGACUUGCUGAAUCGUUUUUGAAAAGAAAAUAUUCUGAGUUGGAAGACGAUGGCGAUUCUGAAAGAGUAAAUAAUGAAGAUGGGAAGGAAAGAGAAAACAGGCUAAACGAAAAGUUAUUUUCUUUACGACAACAACAUAGGGAACAAAUGUAUCCCAUGGACGCUUCAUUUGCAACAUUGAAUCACACAACUAGUAUACCAAUGAGCAGUAUUAUGUCUACACAUUCUAUCCCGAGCGCGACCGUGACAUCUAUGUGCACGGACAGAUUAAAACCCGCGCUUUUACCUGAACAAAAUAUUCCUGGUCCGAGUGGAAAAAGUGACAAUUCCAACAGAGAUUCUUUGAACAAAGAAGGACCAAAAUUACAAAUGCAUAAACCCUCAUUUAUGAUAACAGACAUAUUAUCGCCAGAAAAAGGGACCAACAAAAGGGAUAUUCGGGACCAGCGAGACGCGUGCCACAGUGUUUUUACCGACCCCCGAUUAUUUUCUCUAUCACACCGGACGUUUAUUGACCGACCUCUGACAGCGAGUUCUUGUGGGUCGGAGCAUGGUCCCGGGGGUGCAGGAGCUCCGAGAUUUGACGACGACGACAGUGAUUAUGACGAUGACAAGUCGGAAACUGAUGAUAAAUCCGACGGAAAGGACAGCCCGCCACACCUUUUAAAACCAAAGAAGCCCAGAAAGGCCCGAACAGCCUUCACAGACCACCAGCUGAAUUCACUUGAGAAAACCUUUGAGAGACAGAAGUACCUAAGUGUUCAGGACAGAAUGGAACUGGCGGCCAAGUUGAACUUGACAGAUACUCAAGUGAAGACCUGGUACCAGAAUAGAAGAACCAAAUGGAAGCGCCAGACGGCGGUGGGGCUUGAGCUUCUUGCUGAAGCAGGCAACUACGCGGCGGUGCAGAGGAUGCUCCAGAGUAACCCGUACUGGUUCACAUACCACCCUCAGGCCGCGGGGAUCAUCUCUAAUCUUGAUGCAUUAUAUAUGAGAUCUAACGCGGAGACGACCCUUACACAAGCUGCACAGAGACCGACUCUUCCUCGCAUGUUUAUACACGGGCUCCAACAACAUGUUAACCAUCUUCCUAGUCCAGGAAUGUUUGGUGAAAACAGGAAUUAGGAAAUUGUAUUCGCCAUAGUUUUGAGUCAUAUUCGGGAAAAAAGGAAUUGUUUGGAGGAAACAAAAACAAGCGAAACUCAGUUAACUUAUUACCCACGUUCGUUGUAUCUAACUGAUGUACACCAAAACGGAAUUCUAAAGAAAAGUUGCUUGAAAAGAUGCAACGAAUUACUCUUCGUGAGACAAGCAAAAAGCAAUUGCAGGUUGGUCUGCCCAGCAGUAAUCUGUUUGACAGUUUACCCUUUGUGCGCUUCUCUAUGCCAGAUUUUUGGCUUUCAUGUGUUUAGUCGAUGGUUUAAUGUUCUUAUCUAUAAUAUUGGGAAAGCAGAAAUGCCAACUCCAGCCAGUAUCAUGAAUAAUUGAUAACGAUGUCAUGUGUCUUUAUUUCAUGUCAAUUUUUGCGAGUGCCAACAGUACUAGUUGAAAAAGAAACAUUAUAUAUACAUAAUCACAGCGGGUGAAUAAAUUAUCGCAGAUUAGAUAGUUAGACAUCAAAGGUGACAAUUCAGUAUUGUGUUGUGAAAGGGCGACGGAGCUACAUAUAACCCAAAAGGAAGGCACAGCACUUGAACUUAAUAAUAAUUUAGACAAUGUUGCAAAUGAAGAUACAUUGCAACAUAUUUUGUUUCGUAAAACGCAUUGUAAAAUGCAAUAAUUUAUUGAAUGUAUGUUGUAACUUUGACGGUUAUAUAUAUAGGCGGUACCUGCCUUGUGCGUUCGUCCUCGUGUAUCGUUUUGUAGGAUACGGGUCUGAACUCAAGUAUUUUUGAAAAAGCCAUACAUUUAUUUGUCUAUGUUGAUGAAUUAUAUUAUAAUUUGUUAAUAUUUAUUCCUGAAAUUGUUUACAUGUACGAGGUCUGUUCUUUUUGUUCAUGGACAGGUUUUGCAUAUUCUCGGUUAUUUUUACUUGUAUGACGUCUGUUCAUUUUUUUUGUGGACAGGCUUUGCAUAUUCUCGGUUAUUUUUACUAGUAUGACGUCUGUUCAAAAUGUUUGUUGACAGACUUUGACUUUUUUAAAUCAUGGUAUUUCUAUCUAAUAUUGAUGUAAUAAUUCCAAGACACACCCAUGAUGGAUCAUUCCAGGUAACCUAUGUUUAGAUUUAGUUUCAUUUCAAGAAUGCAAAAGAAACUUCAUUGACAUACCUGGUAUUCCAAUCACUUGAGACUGAAACAAACACAUAUUCAACAACGAUGCAGUCAGACGGGCACUGGACAUGUUCGACAUUUUCUACAAAGCUACUGUUAUUUACGCAUCUGAGGAGGUUGUUUUUCUGGAAUGUUUACUUAUUCGCUUUUAGAUGAGGUCAAUGCAAAGAAAUGCCUGGAAUUUAGCUCAUAAUAAUAUUUUAAUAUUUGAAUGAGACUUUUGUUACAUUAACAAUUUUGAACCCCCGUUAAAUACGAUUUUAGAAUAUGUACGUUGUAAUUGUUAAUAAUCAUUUUAUUGUAUUUAAAAUAUCAUUUCUCGUGUAAAAAAUUAUUACAUAUAUAUAUAUAUAUAUAUAUAUA